AUGCAGAAGCAUUCCCGUGUCGUCUCGCCUUUCAGAAUGUCGCCAGUCGGCGAGCCUCCGUCGCCUCGAGCAGCUCACGCGGCGACGGCAGUGGGGACCAUGAUCGUCAUUCAGGGUGGCAUUGGGCCCGCGGGCCUGGCAACGGACGACCUGCACGUCCUCGACCUCACACAAGCGCGCCCCAAAUGGCACAGAGUGGUGGUGCAGGGCGCGGGGCCAGGGCCGCGCUACGGCCACGUGAUGGCGCUCGUGGGGCAGCGCUUCCUGCUCUCCAUCAGCGGCAACGACGGCAAGCGGCCGUUGGCGGACGUGUGGACGCUGGACACGGCGGCGAAGCCGUACGAGUGGAAGAAGCUGGAGCCCGACGGCGAGGGGCCGCCGCCCUGCAUGUACGCCACCGCCAGCUCAAGGCACGACGGGCUGCUGCUGCUCUGCGGCGGGCGAGACGGCAGCAGCGUGCCCCUGCCAGGCGCGUAUGGGUUGGCGCGGCACCGAGAUGGGCGGUGGGAGUGGGCCAUCGCCCCCGGCGUGUCUCCCUCCGCACGCUACCAGCACGCCGCUGUGUUUGUGAACCUGCGCCUGCAUGUAUCGGGCGGAGCCCUGGGAGGUGGUCGCAUGGUGGAGGAUGCGUCCAGUGUGGCAGUGUUGGACACGGCAGCGGGCGUGUGGUGCGACCGCAAGGGCACGGUGGCCGUAGCGAGGACGGGGCGCUUCAGUGCGGACGCGCCUGGGGGCGACGCCAGCACCGAGCUCACCCGCCGCUGCCGCCAUGCUGCUGCUGCCGUCGCCAACUCCAUCUUCAUCUACGGGGGGCUCCGGGGCGGCAUUCUCCUGGACGAUCUGCUGAUCGCCGACGACUCGCCACCGGAGCCGCCACCACUGCCUGCCCCGUCCGCCAAGGCGGAGGGCGUGGGCAACCGCAGGCCGCCCGUGGCCCCCCGCAAGGGGGCGCGCGGGGACGCUGCUGCUGCCGCCGCCGCUGGCAGUGGUGAGGAGGGCGCGAAUGGCCUUAUCUUCAAGGGCAGGGGGGGCGUGCCAGGGAGGGGCGUUUUUGGAGUCAACUCAAAGGCUCCCCCCAUUGGUGAGGAGGGCACGGAUGGGCUUUCUUUCAACGGCAGGGGAGCGAGCCAGGGAGGGGCGCUUUUUGAGUCAACUCAAAGUGGUGAGGAGGGCGCGGAAGGGCUGUCCUUCAACGGCAGGGGGGGCGUGCCAGGGAGGGGCGGGGCGGGGGGCAGCGACGAGGAGGAGGAGGAGGAAGAAGAGGAGGGGGAUGCGGACGACAGCAGCAGUAACGGCCUUCACCCCAGCACGUCCAGCCUCACCAGUCACAGUGACGAUGGGAGAAGUGACACUCCCGACUUCAAGGGCGGCGUGCGCCUGCAUCACCGCGCUGUGGUGGUCUCGGCGGAUCCAGGCGGCAACAGUCUGGGCGGGCUGGUGAGGCAGCUGUCCAUCGAGCACUUUGAGAAUGAGGGCCGCCGCAUCAGCUACAGCCCCGAUGGCGUGCAGGCACACCGGCGCCUGCUGGACAGGCAGAUGUCCAUCCAGGGCGUGCAUAAGAAGGUGCUGCAAACGCUGUUGAAGCCGAGGGGGUGGAAGCCUCCGGUGAGUCGGCAGUUCUUCCUGGACGUGCACGGCGUCGUGGAGCUCUGCGACCUCGCUGAGACACACUUCAAGAACGAGCCCUCCGUGCUGCAGGUACGGGCGCCGGUGAAGAUCUUUGGCGACCUGCACGGGCAGUUUGGCGAUCUCAUGCGUCUCUUUGACGAGUAUGGCUCGCCCUCCACCGCCGGCGACAUCGCGUACAUAGACUACCUGUUCCUGGGCGACUAUGUGGACAGGGGGCAGCACAGCCUGGAGACAAUCAUUCUGCUGCUCGCACUCAAGAUUGAGUUCCCGCGCAACGUGCAUCUGAUUCGAGGCAACCACGAGGCGGCAGACAUCAAUGCUCUCUUUGGCUUCCGAAUGGAGUGCAUCGAACGCAUGGGCGAGGAGGGCGGCAUAUGGGCGUGGCACCGCAUCAACCAGCUGUUCAACUGGCUGCCGCUAGCUGCCCUGAUAGAGCACAAGAUCCUGUGCAUGCAUGGGGGCAUAGGGCGCUCCAUCCAGCACGUGUCGCAGAUAGAGGAGCUCAAGCGCCCCAUCACCAUGGAGGCGGGAUCAAUGGUGCUCAUGGACCUUCUCUGGUCGGAUCCCACGGAGAACGACAGCAUAGAGGGCUUGCAACCCAACGCCAGAGGACCAGGCCUCGUCACCUUCGGACCCGACAGGGUGAUGGAGUUCUGCCACACCAACGACCUGCAGCUCAUCAUCCGCGCGCACGAGUGUGUCAUGGAUGGCUUUGAACGCUUCGCAGGAGGGCACCUCAUCACUCUCUUCUCCGCCACCAACUACUGCGGCACGGCCAACAACGCAGGCGCCAUCCUGGUGUUGGGGAGGGACCUGGUGGUUUUCCCAAAGAUGAUCCACCCGCUCCCGCCCACUGGCAACCCCGCCAACUCGUCUGAUGACCAGGAUGACACGACUCUGCCCAACUUGAUUCCUCCUUUUGUCAUGCUCAACUGCUACGUUUAUCCCAUGUCUCAAACCGUGCCCGCUCGUGCUGUUUACACUACGAGCUUUCCUUCUAAAGCGGUAACCUUCCUCUUCCUCCUCUCCCUCCCUUUUCUCCCCCUUCUCCCCCCUUCUUCUCCCCUCUUCUCCCCCCUUCUCCCCCCUUCUCCCCCCUUCUUCCCCCCGCUUCUCCCCUCUUCUCCCCCCCUUCUCCCCUCCCCUUCCCCACAUCACCCCAUCCCUCCCUGUCGGCUAUGUGAUGCCACCAGGAGCUCAACUUGCAACGGCCACCCACGCCCACAAGGGGCCGCCCGCAACCAGGCAACGACCGCAACUCCCUCGCCUUUAUCUAGCCCCUCCCAACCUGCCAGCCUGUGUCUUGCCCACACUCUUUCCUCCACCUUGAAAGCUGACCGUGCCUCCCGGCCUUAG